AUGGCCUGGCUGGGGAAUGCCAGGCAGGACCGCCUGGAUGCAGGUAGGGGCCAUCCAGACCUGGGCCCUGCAGUGGGAAACGCCAGUGCGGAGCCCCCCGGCCCCACGCCCCCCGAGUGGGGCUGCGCCUGGAGCCCCCCCGAGGAGCACGGCGAGGAGCCCCUGCGGCUGCCCACCUUCUCCCCCGCCGCCCAGGUGCGCGUGGCCGUCACCUUCGCCCUCUUCGCCCUUUCGGCCGGCUGCAACCUGGCGGUGCUGCGGGCAGUGGGGGGCCGGGGCAGCGGCCGGCGCCCCCACAUCCGCCUGCUGCUGCGGCACCUGGCCGCCGCCGACCUGCUGGUCACCGUGGUGGUGAUGCCGCUGGACGCCGUCUGGAACAUCACGCUGCAGUGGCGGGCGGGCGACCUGGCCUGCCGAGUGCUCAUGUACCUGCGGCUGCUGGCCAUGUACGCCUCGGCCUUCGUCACGGUGGUCAUCAGCCUGGACCGGCAGGCGGCCAUCCUGCGCCCGCUGGCCAUCGCCCGCGCCCGCGCCCGCAACCGCGCCAUGCUGCACGCGGCCUGGCUCCUCAGCGCGGGGCUGGCCGUGCCCCAGCUGUUCGUGUUCCACACCAUCACCCUGCGCCCCCCGCACAACUUCACCCAGUGCACGACGCGCGGCAGCUUCCCCCGGCCCUGGCAGGAGACCCUCUACAACAUGGUGGGCUUCGCCUGCCUCUUCCUGCUACCGCUGCUCAUCAUGGUCUGCUGCUACGCCCGCAUCCUGCUGGAGAUCUCCCGCCGCAUGGGCUCCGGCCUCUUCUCCUCGCAGGACGCGUCGCUGCGGUGCUCCAGGAACAACAUCCCCCGAGCCCGGCUGCGGAUGCUGCGGAUGAGCCUGGUCAUCGUCUCCUCCUUCAUCCUCUGCUGGACCCCCUACUACCUGCUGGGGCUCUGGCACUGGUUCUGUCCCCGCGCCAUGGAGAAGAGGAUCUCGCCGGCCCUCACCCACAUUCUCUUCAUCUUUGGCCUCUUCAACGCGUGCCUGGACCCCAUCACGUACGGGCUCUUCACCAUCCCCCUGCGCGGGGGCUGGGGGUGCCCAUGCAAGCACGGCCCCCUGGCCCAGCCCCCGUCCCCAGCCACCGGCUCCUUCCGCUGCUCAGCCUCCUCCCUGCCGCCCGGGCGGGGACUGCAGGAGCUGCGGAGGUCCCGAGGGGCUGCCAGGGACGCCUCCAGUCACAGCAGCUCCCUGUGA